CCUUCACACACACACACACACUGUCUCUCUCUCUCUCUGUGUGGUGUUGAAGAGGCUGCGCUCAGGAUGGAUGAGGAAUAUGAUGUGAUAGUUCUGGGAACCGGACUGACGGAGUGCAUCCUGUCCGGGAUCAUGUCUGUUAACGGGAAGAAGGUUCUGCACAUGGAUAGGAACCAGUAUUACGGUGGAGAGAGUUCCUCCAUCACACCACUGGAGGAGCUCUAUAAGCAUUUCAGUCUGUCGGAGACUCCGCCCGAGUCCAUGGGCCGAGGAAGAGACUGGAACGUCGAUCUCAUCCCCAAAUUCCUCAUGGCUAAUGGUCAGCUGGUGAGAAUGCUGCUGUACACAGAAGUGACUCGUUAUCUGGACUUUAAAGUGAUCGAGGGCAGUUUUGUGUAUAAAGGAGGAAACAUCUACAAAGUUCCGUCGACUGAAUCCGAGGCGCUCGCUUCCAAUCUGAUGGGCAUGUUCGAGAAGAGAAGGUUCCGCAAGUUCCUGGUUUUCGUAGCCAACUUUGAUGAGAAAGACCCCAAGACCUUCGAGGGCGUGGACCCCAGGAGCACCACGAUGCGUGCUGUGUAUAAGAAGUUUGACCUGGGUCAGGACGUGAUUGAUUUCACAGGCCACGCCCUGGCGCUCUACAGGACGGACGAUUAUCUGGACCAGCCAUGUCUGGAGACGGUGAACCGUAUCAAACUGUACAGCGAGUCUCUGGCACGUUACGGGAAGAGCCCGUAUCUCUACCCUCUGUACGGACUCGGAGAACUGCCUCAGGGGUUCGCCAGGUUAAGUGCGAUCUACGGCGGUACCUACAUGCUGAACAAACCUGUGGACGAGAUCGUUCUGGAGAACGGCCGUGUGGUGGGAGUGAAGUCCGAGGGAGAGGUUGCUCGCUGUAAGCAGCUGAUCUGUGACCCGAGCUAUGUUCCGGACCGAGUGCGUAAAGCAGGUCAGGUGAUCCGCGUCAUCUGCAUCCUCAGCCAUCCGAUCAAGAACACCAACGACACCAACUCCUGCCAGAUCAUCAUCCCACAGAACCAAGUGAACCGCAACUCGGAUAUUUAUGUGUGUAUGAUCUCGUACACCCAUAACGUGGCUGCUCAGGGUAAAUACAUCGCCAUCGCCAGCACCACCGUGGAGACGAACGACCCCGAGGCUGAGAUCCAGCCCGCUCUCGAGCUGCUCGAGCCCAUCGACCGGAAGUUUGUGGCCAUCAGUGAUCUGUACGAGCCGUCAGACGACGGAGCAGAGAGUCAGAUCUUCUGCUCGCGAGCGUACGACGCCACCACACACUUCGAAACAACCUGCAACGACAUCAAGGAUAUCUACAGGCGCAUGACGGGGACCGAGUUUGACUUUGAGAACAUGAAGCGCAAACAGAACGACGUGUUUGGGGAGGACGAGCAGUGAGAGCGCAGGGUGUGUCUGAGGGGGUGAAGGUCA